AUUGCAUUAAUAAUCAUUUUGCAUGCAUCUUAAUUUCAUGCACCUUUGUGCUGUAAUUAAAGGAAUAGUUCACACAAAAACGAAAAUUAUGUCAUUAUUUUAGUCAUGUUGUUUCAACACGUAUGAAUUUCUUCUGUGGAACACAAAAAGUGGGAGGACUGGGACUGUCAUGUUGCAAAAUAACAAAAACAGCACUAGAAAAGGAUCAUAAAAGUAAACUUGUGCACUAUAUUUCAAGACUCCAAGAUUAUGAGAGGAACAGAACGAAAUUUAAAGGGAUGCUUCACCCAAAAAUCAAAACUCGCUCAUCACUUACUCACCCUCAUGUCAUACCAGGCUUGCUUUCUUCUACAGAACACAAGUGAAGAUUUUUAAAAGAAUAUCUCAGCUCUGUAGGUCCUUACAAUGGAAAUGAAUGACCUUUGAAGCUCAAAAAAUGACAAAGGUAGCAUAAAAUUAAUCCAUAUGACUCUAAAUCUGUAUCUUCAGAAGCUACAGUAUAUUAUAGGGUUGGGUAAUGAACAGAUCAAUAUUUAUGUCCUUUUUUUUAAUUUUAUUUUUUUUACCAUAAAUCUCCACGUUCACUUUCUUUCACAUUCUGGAUUCUGGGUUGAAAUAUUGAUCUUCUCACCCAAAGUGAUUGCAUGGCUUCAGAAGACAUAGUAUAUCAUACCAGUGGAGUCGUUUGGAUUACUUUUAUGCUGCCUUUAUAUGAUUUAUGGAGCUUCAAAUGUCUGCCUAACAUUCACAUGCAUUGAAAGGACCUACAGAGAUGAGAUAUUGUUCUAAAAAAGAAAGAAAGUCAUACAUAUCUGGGACGGCAUGAGGGUGAGUUUAUGAUGCAAAAUAAUAAUAAUAAAGUGAACUAUCCCUUUAAGUCUGGCUUCUGAUAACUUGCAAUAUAGACAACUUUUUUUUGUCAUUAUGGAGCUUGACAGUCUCUGUCCUAAUUCACUUUCAUUAUAUGGAAAAGAGUGGCCAGGGUAUUUUUCAAAAAUUCACCUUUUUUGUUCCACACAAGAAGAAAAAAGUCGUCUAAAGGGAGAGAAUGGGAAGUAGUCAUGGACUGCUUUGCCAUAAUCUAGAAAGAGAUACAAUGAUUCCUCCUAGGUUACACUUGGUCCAUAUAUCCUUCUUACCUUCUCUGCUAUCCAUGUAGGUGCAGAGAGUGGGUGUGCAGUGUGCAGUCUGCAGCCUCUACUCUACUGAACAUAGAGGGCGUUUUCGCGGCAUGCAAAACACUUGAUCGGUACACUCAGCUGGGUAAUGCAAACCCACAUACUACAUCACUAAACACAAAUCAGAGAGGCAGUCAGAAGCCCGGUACAGUGUGCGGAGUAUCUUCAGACCAUAGUAUACUGUGAACUUGCCACAUGCAUUCGGACUCAUCAUACUGCAAAGCCGGUGGAUUUUAACACAGUAUCGGAGGUUUUUUCCCCAUUCAAGUGGCUCUAGAUAUUUCCUUUAACUUGAUUUGAUUGAAACACCUGCUGUCCAUGAUGACACGGCGCUGUAUUUAAAUCAGGGACACCGCGGCUGACAAACUCCUGUACCCGCUGAAUAUGGCGAGCAUUCAGCCGGUGGCCACGCCGGCCGACAGAGCACAUCCCCCCGGUCACAGGCAGAAUGGAGCCUCCGCUGCCUCCGCCGCCGACGCGCACGCGGGCUCCGGUACAGGUGACAUGAUGAUGAUGUCUUGCUCCGGCUCGGUGGUGAUAAAUCCGUCGGUUCCGAUUCGGAAUAUCAAGAUGAAAUUCGCAGUCCUCACUGGUCUCAUUCAAGUCGGAGAGGUCAGCAAUAGAGAUAUCGUGGAAACAGUGUUGAAUCUGCUUGUUGGUGGUGAAUUUGACCUGGAGACAAAAUUUAUCAUGCAAGAUGCAGAGGGCAUCAUCUGUAUGCUGGAGCUGUUGGAGCACUGUGAGGUCACAUGUCAGGCGGAAAUCUGGAGCAUGUUCACAGCUAUACUGCGCAAGAGCGUCCGCAACCUGCAGACCAGCACUGAGGUCGACCUUAUUCAAAGACUGUUGUUCAAGAUGAGCUCGGUGGAUGACAUGAUUGCAGACCUGUUGGUGGAUAUGCUUGGAGUUCUGGCCAGCUACAGUAUUGCCGUCAAAGAACUCAAAUUGCUUUUCAGCAUGCUGCGAGGUGAAGGCGGACUAUGGCCAAGACAUGCUGUCAAACUUCUCUCCGUUCUCACUCAAAUGGCACAGAGACAUGGACCAGACACUUUCUUCAACUUUCCUGGGCGAAGUGCAGCUGCGAUUGCGUUACCACCUAUUGCCAAAUGGCCUUAUCAGAAUGGCUUCACCCUCAACACCUGGUUCCGUAUGGAUCCUCUAAACAACAUUAACAUGGACAAAGACAAACCAUACCUUUAUUGUUUCCGAACAAGCAAAGGCAUAGGCUACUCUGCACAUUUCGUCGGUAACUGCUUGAUUGUGACAUCACUGAAGUCAAAAGGAAAGGGCUUCCAGCACUGUGUGAAAUAUGACUUCCAGCCCCGCAAGUGGUACAUGAUCAGCAUUGUUCACAUCUAUAACCGCUGGAGGAACAGCGAGAUCCGCUGUUACGUCAAUGGACAGCUCGUAUCAUAUGGCGACAUGGCUUGGCACGUCAACACCAAUGACAGCUAUGACAAAUGUUUCCUGGGCUCAUCGGAGACGGCAGACGCAAACCGAGUGUUCUGUGGGCAGCUUGGAGCCAUCUAUGUGUUCAGUGAAGCAUUAAACCCGGCUCAGAUAUUUGCCAUCCAUCAACUAGGGCCUGGAUACAAGAGCACCUUUAAGUUCAAAUCGGAGAGUGACAUCCACCUGGCUGACCAUCAUAAGCAAGUGUUGUAUGAUGGGAAAUUGGCAAACAGCAUCUCUUUCACAUAUAACGCUAAGGCCACGGAUGCUCAGCUCUGCCUGGAAUCGUCACCCAGAGAAAACCCGUCUAUAUUCGUGCACUCACCCCACGCUCUAAUGCUACAGGAUGUGAAGGCCAUCGUGACUCACUCGAUCCACAGUGCCAUUCACUCCAUUGGUGGUAUCCAGGUGCUGUUUCCUCUCUAUGCACAGCUGGAUUUCUUUCAGCACAAUGAGGGCCAGGUGGAAACCACUGUUUGUUCCACUCUUCUGGCCUUCCUGAUGGAGCUGCUGAAGAGCUCUGUGGCAAUGCAAGAGCAGAUGCUUGGUGGAAAGGGCUUCCUGGUGAUUGGGUACCUCAUGGAAAAGUCAUCGCGGGUGCACAUCACCAGGGCCGUCCUGGAGCUGUUCCUCUCGUUUGCCAAAUACCUGGAUGGCCUUACCCACGGAGCACCUCUCCUAAAACAGCUAUGUGACCAUAUUCUGUUCAAUGCUGCUAUUUGGAUCCACACACCUGCUAAGAUCCAACUCUCGCUGUACACGUACCUUUCAGCAGAGUUCAUUGGAACGGCAACCAUCUACAACACCAUCCGUCGGGUGGGGACAGUCCUGCAGAUCAUGCACAUACUGAAGUACUAUUACUGGGCCGUCAACCCUUCCCACACCAGCGGCAUCACACCCAAAGGCCUGGAUGGUCCUCGGCCCUCACAGAAAGAGAUCACCUCACUCAGAGCCUUCAUCCUGUUAUUUCUUAAACAGCUCAUACUUAAGGAUCAAGGGGUUAAGGAAGAUGAACUUCAAAGUAUUCUCAACUACCUACUAACUAUGCAUGAGGAUGAGAACCUCCAUGAUGUUCUUCAACUGCUGGUAGCCCUCAUGUCUGAGCACCCUGCCUCCUUGAUCCCUGCCUUCGACCAGAGGAAUGGCAUCCGGGUAGUAUACAAACUACUGGCCUCCAAGAGUGAAAGUAUCAGAGUACAGGCACUGAAAGUUCUGGCAUAUUUCCUCAAACACUUAGGCCACAAGAGGAAGGUGGAAAUAAUGCACACAAACAGCCUGUUCACACUUCUUGGAGAGCGACUCAUGCUACACUCCAACACACUGUCAAUAACUACAUACAACACACUCUAUGAGAUCCUCACAGAGCAGGUGUGCACACAGGUCGUCCAUAAACCUCAUUCCGAGCCCGACUCCACUGUGAAGAUCCAGAACCCAAUGAUUCUUAAGGUGGUGGCCACACUGCUGAAGAACUCCACACCCAGUGCAGACCUGAUGGAGGUGCGGCGGCUUUUCCUCUCUGACAUGAUCAAACUCUUCAGCAACAGCCGUGAGAACAGACGGUGUCUGCUGCAGUGUUCCGUGUGGCAGGACUGGAUGUUCUCUCUCGGAUACAUUAACCCGAAGAACUCAGAUGAGCAGAAGAUCACAGAGAUGGUUUACAACAUCUUCCGGAUACUUCUCUAUCAUGCCAUCAAGCACGAGUGGGGCGGCUGGCGUGUUUGGGUGGACACACUCUCCAUUGCCCACUCUAAAGUGACAUAUGAAGCUCACAAGGAGUAUUUAGCCAAAAUGUAUGAGGAAUACCAGCGUCACGAAGAGGAGAACAUUAAGAAAGGGAAGAAGGGGUUUGUUAGCACUAUCUCUGGGCUCUCCGCCCAGGCUUCUGCAAUCAAAGACACUCUGGAGCUGGACCCAGACUCCCAGACCCAAACCCCUGAGAGCGAAGCAGAACCAGAGACAACAGAUACUGGGCGGAACCUCUUGUCUGAAACUAAGUGUUUGGAUGAGGAGAACCCAGCAUCAGGUGUCCGUGUUAAAGUUCACGACCUGCUGGUGGACAUCAAACCUGAGAAGGUUGAAGCUACGGAGGUGAAAAUGGAUGACAUGGACCUCUUACCUGAAACGUUGAGCAUCACAGAAAAUGGAAGCUUGGUGGAGAUGGACUCUCUCCUGGACAAUGUCUAUUCAGCUGCUGUGGAGAAGUUAAACAGUAGUGUAAACAGUGUGCUUGUGCCUAAAGCCAGUUUAGAAGACAAAACCUCAGGUCCUCUCAUCACUCUGGCAGACGAAAAAGAUGCCAUUUCCAGCAGCAACACAUUCAUCUUUGGUACUUUGGCGACCAGCCCUGGGGAGAAUCUCCUGCCAGACAUGGGACUGUCUGAACCACUUCUGCUGUCUGGAGUGCAACCUCAGGUCCACACCAGCUCCAGUCCAGAUCUUGGGCUUCUGACCCUCAUGGCGAAGAGCUCAAAAGACUUGGACACCAACUCAGCAGCUUUGGAGGAUGACAGCUUUAAGCUGCAGCCUGCUUUGAGUGGUUUCAAUGUCUCUGAAGGUCAAAGCCUGUCGAAGUGCCCGGGGCAGUUGGAGCCGGUGGCAGCAGAGCUGUAUGCAGAGGUUCCUGGGGGAAAGAGCAGCACAGAUGUUACCAGCACCACAUCAGACACAGAGAAAUCAGAGAGUGGCAAAGACAAAGAGAUUAAGAAGAUUCAGACCACCACUACCACACAGAGUAUGCACAGUCAUUCUGGGAAUCAGUUGGACAGAGAUCUUCGGGUUGACCUUGGCUUCAGAGGCAUGCCAAUGACAGAGGAACAGCGGCGUCAGUUCAGCCCUGGUCCACGCACCACCAUGUUCCGUAUUCCCGAGUUUAAGUGGUCCCCCAUGCACCAGCGCUUACUUACAGACCUGCUCUUUGCCCUGGAGGCAGAUGUGCACAUUUGGAGAAGUCAUUCAACAAAAUCAGUAAUGGACUUUGUGAACAGCAAUGAGAAUAUAAUCUUUGUGCACAACACCAUUCACCUGAUCUCACAGAUGGUGGAUAACAUUAUCAUCGCCUGUGGAGGAAUCCUUCCCCUCCUCUCCGCUGCCACCUCACCAUCUUCUAAAUUGGAGGGCAUUGAGACAACACAGGGCAUGUCAUCUGAGACUGCUGUGAUCUUUCUGACCCGACUGAUGGCCAUGGUGGAUGUGCUGGUUUUUGCAAGUUCACUUAACUUCAGCGAGAUCGAAGCUGAGAAGAACAUGUCCUCGGGAGGACUGAUGAGACAGUGCCUCAGACUAGUAUGUUGUGUGGCAGUUAGGAACUGUUUAGAGUGUCGACAACGUCAGCGAAAUAGGGGUCUGAAGUCCACUCCGUCCAGCAGUAAGUCUCAGGAGGGCAUGCAAAGUGUGUCCACUAUCUGCCAGACUACAAUAGAAAGUUUCCAAAGCAAUAUUUCUCCUAUCAAGGACCCAGACCGACUUCUGCAAGAUGUGGAUAUCAACCGUCUGCGAGCUGCUGUCUUCCGUGACGUUGAUGACAGUAAGCAGGCCCAGUUCCUGGCUCUUGCUGUUGUGUAUUUUAUCUCUGUCCUCAUGGUAUCCAAGUACCGGGACAUCCUGGAGCCCCAGCGGGAGACUGUCAGGUCCAUCAGCCAAUCAGGAAGAGGGAUUCGGCUGGACAUUAAUUCCUCUAGCAGCACAGAGAACCCAUCAGCCCUCUUUGAUGGCCAGAAGGAUGCUCUUAAUACAAUAGAGGAGUCACGCCGGCAGACAUCCCUCCCUCAUUCUGACUCUGGACUGGGUGAUGAGCAGAUGUGCAGCAUGAUGAAUGGGGCCGACCUUGAACUCUGUGCUGGGGGUCCGAAUGGAAUGAGUGGGCUGCUCUGCACCCUGUCCUCAGAGGUCAAGUCACAGGAGAACUUGACUGAGCCAUCAAGCAUGGAGCACCUCAAACCCUCCUCCUCGAUCUCCAGUAUUAGUCAGGCCAACAAAGGGAUCAAUGUCAAAGAAAUCCUGAAGAGCCUGGUGGCAGCCCCUGUGGAGACCACAGAGAGUGGACCAGAACCCCUGCCCUACCCUGAUCACCAGUCCAUGAAGAGAGAAGCCCAAGCCAUGCUACCCAUGCAGUUCCAUUCCUUUGACAGGAGUGUGGUGGUACAGGCCAAGAAGCCUCUGAUGGUGAACACAGUGGGGAGUUCUGGCUCCAGCAGUGCCUUGGCCUCUGGUAGCACCCCAAACAUCUUUGCUGCUGCAUCAACUACACCCAAGAGCAUGAUCAACACUACAGGAGCCACAGACACGUCAACAUCCUCCUCCUCUAGCUUUGUGAAUGGAGGAGCCACCAGUAAGAAUUUGCCUGCAGUGCAGACUGUUGCUCCCAUGCCUGAGGACACAAUGGAGAGCAUGAGUAUCACCACCAAACUGGAGCGAGCUCUGGAGAAAGUGGCUCCCUUACUGAGGGAGAUCUUUGUGGACUUUGCUCCAUUCCUCUCUCGUACUCUGCUGGGCAGUCACGGCCAAGAGCUGCUCAUAGAAGGUCUGGUGUGCAUGAAGUCAAGCACCUCAGUGGUGGAACUAGUUAUGUUGUUAUGCUCUCAGGAGUGGCAGAACUCCAUACAGAAGAACGCUGGCCUGGCUUUCAUUGAGCUUAUCAAUGAGGGAAGACUUCUUUGUCAUGCCAUGAAGGAUCACAUUGUUCGAGUGGCCAAUGAAGCAGAAUUUAUCCUCAACAGACAACGAGCCGAAGAUGCCCACAAGCAUGCAGAGUUUGAGUCCAACUGUACACAGUACGCAGCAGACAGGAAAGAGGAGGAGAUGAUGUGUGAUCACCUGAUUAGUGCUGCCAAGCACCGUGAUCAUGUGACAGCCAAUCAGCUUAAACAGAAGAUCCUUAACAUCCUCACCAAUAAACACGGAGCCUGGGGCACAGUAGCACAGAGGAGUUCCUGUCUUCUCCCCCUUUCCAGUCAGCUGCACGACUUCUGGCGUCUGGAUUACUGGGAGGACGACCUCCGGAGGAGGAGGAGAUUCGUUCGAAAUCCUUUUGGCUCCACCCACUUAGACAUCACGUGCAAAUCGCUGGAGGACUACGGCCAUGAGGAAGUGGAGGCACUGAGAGGGAGGAAGGGCUUCCGCGGCCAGGCAGUGGUCAGCCAGAACCCCGAGACAGAGCUGAUGCUCGAGGGGGACGAUGACACUGUCAGUCUACUGCAGGAGAAAGAGGUGGACAACUUGGCAGGCCCUGUGGUUUUGAGCACCCCGGCCCAGCUUAUUGCCCCGGUCAUUGUAGCUCGUGGGACUCUCUCUAUCACUACGACGGAAAUCUACUUCGAAGUGGACGAAGAUGACCCAGCCUUCAGACGCAUUGAUGCCAAAGUGCUGGUAUACUCAGAGGGGCUUCAUGGCAAGUGGAUGUUCAGCGAGAUUCGAGCUGUUUUCACCCGCCGGUUCCUGCUUCAGAACACUGCACUGGAGAUCUUUAUGGCAAACAGAAUGUCAGUUAUGUUUAACUUCCCUGAUCAGCAAACGGUGAAGAAGGUCGUCUACAGUCUUCCUCGUGUGGGCGUCGGCACAAGUUAUGGCCUUCCACAGGCAAGGCGAAUCUCUUUGGCUACCCCUCGGCAGCUCUUCAAGUCUUCUAACAUGACUCAGCGCUGGCAAAGACGAGAGAUCUCAAACUUUGAGUACCUGAUGUUUCUUAAUACAAUCGCAGGACGGACGUACAAUGAUCUCAGUCAGUAUCCUGUCUUCCCUUGGGUCCUCACAAACUAUGAAUCUGAAGAGCUGGACCUCACAAUUCCUGGCAACUUCAGGGAUCUUUCAAAGCCAAUUGGAGCACUGAAUCCAAAGCGUGCCGUGUUUUACGCGGAUCGCUAUGAGUCAUGGGAUGAGGAAACUCCACCCUGCCACUACACAACUCACUAUUCCACUGCUGCCUCCACCCUCUAUUGGCUUGUCAGAAUUGAGCCCUUCACCACAUUCUUUCUCGAUGCCAACGGCAACAAGUUUGAUCACCCGAACCGCACUUUCUCCGGUGUUGCCCGCUCAUGGAGGCACUGCCAACGUGACACUGCAGAUGUGAAGGAGUUGAUCCCUGAAUUCUACUACUUACCAGAGAUGUUUGUGAACAGUAAUGGCUACUGUCUGGGAGACAGGGAUGACGGUGUGCCUGUGUGUGAUGUGGAACUACCCGCAUGGGCGAAGAAACCAGAAAACUUUGUCAGGAUCAACAGAAUGGCCCUGGAAAGCGAGUUUGUGUCGUGUCAGCUGCAUCAGUGGAUUGACCUUAUUUUUGGCUACAAGCAACGCGGACCUGAGGCGGUGCGUGCCCUCAACGUCUUUCACCACCUGACCUAUGAGGGCUCCGUCAGCCUCGACAGCCUGACCAGUGAUCCCCCUCUGCGUGAGGCCACGGAGGCUCAGAUCCAGAGUGUUGGACAGACGCCAUCUCAGUUGCUUAUCGAGCCACAUCCUCCCCGUAGCUCCGCCAUGCACCUGUGUUUCCUUCCACAGAGUCCUCUCAUGUUUAAGGAUCAGAUGCAGCAGGACGUCAUCAUGGUGCUGAAGUUUCCCUCCAACUCUCCCGUCACCCACGUGGCCACCAACACACUACCACACCUGACGCUCCCCGCCGUCGUCACUAUCACUUGUAGUCGACUCUUUGCCGUCAACCGCUGGCAUAACACAGUUGGUCUUCGAGGAGCUCCAGGAUACUCACUUGAGCAGGCCCACCACCUACCUAUUGAGAUGGACUCUCUGAUUGCUAACAACUCGGGUACAAACAAGCGACAGAUCACUGACCUGGUUGACCAGAGCAUUCAGAUCAACACUCAGUGUUUCGUGGUGACAGCAGAUAACCGCUACAUCCUGGUGUGUGGUUUUUGGGACAAGAGUUUCCGCGUGUACUCCUCAGACACAGGCAAGCUCACGCAAAUAGUAUUCGGGCACUGGGACGUGGUCACAUGUCUGGCACGCUCAGAGUCGUACAUCGGCGGUGACUGCUACAUUGUGUCGGGAUCCAGAGAUGCCACUCUGCUGCUGUGGUACUGGAGUGGACGACACCACAUCAUAGGAGACAACCCUAAUAACAGUGAUUACCCAGCUCCCCGUGCGGUUCUGACCGGUCAUGACUAUGAGGUGGUGUGUGUGUCAGUGUGUGCUGAGCUGGGAAUUGUUAUCAGUGGAGCGAAAGAGGGGCCAUGUCUUGUCCACACCAUCACUGGGGAUCUUUUGAGAGCUCUGGAGGGCCCCGACAGCUGUGUGCUCCCCCGCCUGAUCUCAGUGUCCAGUGAAGGCCACUGCAUCAUCUACUAUGACAGGGGUCAGUUCUGCAACUUCAGCAUCAACGGCAAGCUGCUGGCCCAGAUGGAAAUCAAUGACUCCACUCGUGCCAUUCUCCUGAGCAGUGAUGGGCAGAAUCUAGUGACUGGAGGAGACAGCGGGGUGGUGGAGGUUUGGCAAGCCUGUGACUUUAAGCAGCUCUACGUCUACCCAGGAUGUGACGCGGGCAUCCGAGCCAUGGACCUGUCACAUGAUCAGAGGACUCUGAUCACGGGCAUGGCGUCUGGUAGCAUCGUUGCUUUCAACAUUGAUUUUAAUCGCUGGCACUUUGAGCAUAAGAACAGGUAUUGAAAGAAAUCAGCCAAUCACAGGCAGCUGUAGCCUCAGACAACAAUGUGCCAUUAUGGGAGGCAACUUAGCUAAUGGGGCAGAACAACACAGAAGAAGAUGCAGAAAAAAAGAAUACAGAUAAAGAAAUAACACGAUCAAUUUGGAGAGGUCAAAACAGUUGUUUUAAAUGUUUGUAAGUGUAGUGGCAUAAACUGGAACCCUAGCUCUAAGGAGAUAUGUGUACAUAUCUUCAAAAAUGCAAAGGGAGGCUUGAAAGAUGACUAUUUCUAAAUAAAUUGAGAGAGCACAGAUGGAGGCCAGCAUAUCUUUGUUUUUCAUCACAAAUUUAAUCUUAAUAUCAUCUGAGCCAAAUAUAGGCUUGUAAAGACAGCCUCUUUCCUUGUAGUCCCAUCAUUUCAACUGUGAAAAUAAUACUUUGCAUAGAGAAACCAAUAACAGUAUUUUUAUGGGGUUUAUUUUCUACUUGCUUGCAACAUAUAUCGGUCUCUGUAGUUUUUUUAAAAGGCCCUUGGGGGAGAAAAUAAAGUAACCAAACAAUAAAUAAAUACAUUUCCUCCAUCUGAUGCUUAGCUCAUUAUGUAAUUGCUAUAAAAUGUUUAUUUAAAAAAAAAAAAACGUGUCUGUGAGGUUGUUUUCUAAACUAUUCAGCUUUUUAAUUGUCUGUCCAGUUUUCAUACAUUUGACAUCAAAUGCUUUUUGAUAUGAUUAAAAGUGUGAAAAGAAAAAAUGAAAAGCACUUUCGUUUACUGUGAUGUCCUGUAUUUGAAUGUAUGUUGUCAGUCUAGCCAUUUGAAGAUGGAUGAUUUUGUCUGUUGUGAAACUGGACUUCAUGAUGUAUGCAGCAUUGCAAACCUUUAAAGAAAUCCUUGGAACAUUUUGGCAUCAUUUGCAGUCCAGGAAUAUUUCAUGCACUAAAUGAGGGAAAACACUGAUGGUGCUGGAAUAUUCCAAUUGAAGAUGUCAUUGCAAUUUUUUCUUGUGCAGUUUAGCAUUUAAAAUUAUAUAUGUUUGUUUCACAAACAAAUCUACCAAACCAAGAUAACAGUGAUGGUUUUAGACAUGAAUUUGCACUCUUAACUUUUUUUUUCUUUCUUACAUUUUUGCUCAUUAUACGUUUGUUUUAUUGCCGAUUGGCACCAAGAUUUUUUAAAUCUGCACUUGAAAACAAAAACAAAAAUAUAACAUUCUGAAAAUCACUGUUGUAAGCAAUACAUUAUAUAUAUGUAUGUGCAUCUUUAGUUCUAAUACAUAAUGUAAAAUAAACCUAUAACUCAGAGUUUAUGGAUCUAAAUAAAAAAGCUAAACUAUUUUUAAUUGUUUUAGGGGAAAUACAUGAAAUAUUCUCCCAUAAGAAGCUUUUUUUUUCUGCCAGUACACUUGUUUCAAACAAGAAAUAUGAUGCCAUAAUUAACAUUUGAGUUACAAGAAUAUCAAUUUAGAUUUUAUAUACUGUACAAACAUAGACAAGUUAUGACAAGUUAUUUUUAAAUACAGUAACAAUAUGUUUUGUUAAAUGUCUUAUGUUAAAAUGCCUCAGAUUAAAAAUGAUCUGUUGUUUAAUGAGAAUAUUUUCCAUCAGAAACAUUGUUUAAUCAGUGAUGGUGCCUGCUAAUUUAGCAGAUUUAUUACAAAUUACUUCGGUUACUUUUUGGUUAUAACUUAUGUCUUCACAUUAAUGUCCAGGUGAAUCAUUGUGAAAUGGGAGAAAUGUCUUUGCAUUUUGUUUAUAAUAAAAGAUGUAUCAAAUGUA